AAUGCCACACCAACACCAUCGUUAUACUCGAUGUUCAUCACAACGACGUCGUUUCACCGUCUAUAGUACAAAUUAUUUAAUUUCAGAAAAAACAAAAAAUCAUCACUGCAAUCUGAAAACCCCAUCACAAACCUUUCAAUCACAACACUUGAAAGAAGAUGGGUUCAACAUCAAAGAUUUUAACCUUUGAGGAUGUAGCUAAGCACAAUCACAAGAAAGAUUGUUGGAUCAUAGUCAACAACAAGGUAUAUGAUGUUACACCAUUUUUGGAUGAUCAUCCAGGAGGUGACGAGGCUUUACUGUCUGCUACAGGGAAGGACGCCACCGCUGAUUUUGAAGAUGUUGGCCACAGUGACUCGGCAGUAGAGAUUAUGGAAAAGUACUUUGUUGGGGAGGUUGACACCGCCACUCUUCCAUCAUCAGAAGUCAAGAAGAAUCCAGCACCACCAGUUCAAGCAACUACCUUAAACAAUCAAUCUUCUGGAAUCUUUUUGAAGCUCUUGCAGUACCUGGUGCCAUUGCUGAUAUUGGGAUCUGCAUUUGCUCUGCAGUACUAUGGAAAGAGAAGCAAGUCCAAUGAAUCAUAAUUACUUAAUUUGAGCUUUGGCUAUAGUUUUAGACUUAAUAUUAUUAUUCAUAAUAAUCUAUAGCAACACAGUAUCAUAAGACAAUGUUUUUUUUUGGAGUAUCAUUUAAAUGUGUUUAAUAACACAGUAUCUCAAUAACAUGCAGGGGUUUUUUGUGUUCUU